CUGCAGCUCAUUCGUCGCUGUGAGUUUUCAGAGACAACAUGCCCGAACCCGCCAAAUCCGCGCCCAAGAAGGGCUCCAAGAAAGCGGUCACGAAGACCGCCGGCAAAGGAGGCAAGAAGAAGAGAAGGACCAGGAAGGAGAGCUACGCCAUCUACGUCUACAAAGUGCUCAAGCAGGUCCACCCCGAUACCGGAAUCUCCUCCAAGGCCAUGAGCAUCAUGAACUCCUUCGUCAACGACAUCUUUGAGCGCAUCGCGUCCGAGGCUUCCCGUCUGGCUCAUUACAACAAGCGCUCCACCAUCACCUCCAGGGAGAUCCAGACCGCAGUGCGCCUCCUGCUGCCCGGUGAGCUGGCCAAGCACGCCGUGUCUGAGGGAACCAAGGCGGUCACCAAGUACACCAGCUCCAAGUAAAAAGCUCUGCUGUUGUCACACCAACCCAACGGCUCUUUUAAGAGCCGCUCACUACAUCUGGAGAGCUUUGGUCAUGAUGAUCUGCCUCUUGAUAAAUCAUUUCUGCAAUUCAGAGCUAUUUAAAUUGUUUUCUAAUAAUAUAAUUUAAAGAUCAGAGAAAAACUGAAAUCAAGGUGAAACAUUUCACAAAUGGCUAAUCUACACAUUUCAUGAAUUGGCCGACAUGAUAAUACUAAGGUAAAAUCCUAUGUAUUUGACUAUCACUGAAAAGUGUCCAGAGGUCCAAUAGAUUUCAGCUUUUGUUGCUAAUCAGAUUCUCCUGGUUAUAUAACAACCAUUUUUUUCUGUUGCUA